AUGGAGGCGUUGGGCUUUGGUGGCGCUGCUGUGGGAGGGCGGCGUCAGGUUGUUGCGGCAUCGGCGGCGGCGGUGCUCGUGCAGGCACGCUGUAGUGGGCAACAGCAGAUGCCAGCGAAGAAGCUCGGCUGGUGCUCGGGUAGAGGCGAGCAGUGGUGGUGCGGCAUCCAGAAGUGGGCGGUUGCGGCUUCGAGCGUCGGCUGGGAGCGACUGAAGAAACUGAAAUCAGAACAUGGAAAGGUUCAGUUGCGAAAUAUCACAACUGAUAUGGUGCUUGGUGGCAUGAGAGGAAUGAUGGGGUUACUGUGGGAGACCUCAUUGCUUGACCCAGAUGAGGGCAUUCGCUUCAGGGGUCUUUCGAUUCCUGAAUGCCAAAAGGUUUUACCAGCUGCAAAACCUGGGGGAGAGCCGCUUCCGGAGGGCCUUCUCUGGCGUCGUUUGACUGGAAAGGUUCCCAACAAGGCCCAGGUAGAUGGACUAUCUGCCGAAUUGCAAGACCGUGCUCAAGUUCCAGAUAAGUUGUACAAGUUCAUUGAUGGUCUGGAUGUAACCGCUCACCCAAUGACCCAAUUAUCAGCCGGGGUUAUGUUCCUUCAGGUUCAUAUAUGGACCAUUCUAUUUACAAAUUAUGCUUUUCUAGUAAGACAACUCUUGAGCUUUACACUCAUCGCUGCAACUUUAACCAUCAACUAUCUUGUUGUUCCUGGGUAUGGUCAUGGAGUGCUCCGGCAAACGGAUCCCAGAUAUACAUGUCAGAGGGAGUUUGCUCUGACGCAUUUGCCUGAUGAUCCACUUUUCCAACUGGUUUCGAAGCUUUAUGAAGUGGUACCUCCUAUACUGACUGAGUUGGAAAAGGUCAAAAUCCCAUGGCCUAAUGUGGAUGCUCACAGUGGAGUCUUGCUGAAUCAUUUUGGUUUGACGGAAGCAAGAUACUUUACCGUUCUUUUUGGCGUAUCAAGGAGCAUUGAAAUAUGCUCACAGUUGAUAUGGGACAGGGCACUUGGUUUGCCUUUAGAGAGGCCCAAAAGUCAGUUGGAUUUGCUGUAG